CGUUAGCGGGUGAUGAAAGAAUAUCGCCUGGCGGGUUGGAAAUGAGAUGUAGCUGAGGAUCUGACCGGUUCGUGCUUAUGUUCGAGAUCUGGAGAAUAAGACGGUUUGAAAGUUAGGAGGGAAAAAAGGUCUAUCUCGGUCGGUUUGUUGAGUGAGACAUUGGGGAUUAGUUCUUUGAAGAGGAGGAACUUGUUCUAUCCAGCCGGUGCUUACCAGGAGAGAACAAGAAGUAAUAAUAAUAAUAAUAAUAAUAAUGCACAGAUUGCAGUUUGUAGUAAAGCGGAGGUUAAUCGCCGGAGCUGCGGGUCAGUGUGCGGUGUUCCGGUGUGUGUCCGGGAUGCAGCGCUACAGCACCGCCGAGGCCGCCGCAGCAUCAGCAGCAGCUGUGGGGAAGACCAAGCCGAGGGGCAAGGCGCUGAGCAUGGAGCACCUGAACCCGCAGGUGAAGGCCGUGGAGUACGCGGUGAGAGGACCGAUCGUCAUUAAAGCCGCCGAGAUCGAGAGAGUCCUAAAGCAGGGGGGAAAGAAGCCCUUCACCGAGGUAAUUAAAGCCAACAUCGGAGAUGCGCACGCUAUGGGACAACAGCCGAUCACGUUCCUGAGACAGGUGGUGGCUCUCUGCAUGUUCCCUGAGCUCAUGGACAGCCCGAGUUUCCCAGAGGACGCAAAGUGGAGAGCACAGCGCAUCCUGCAGGGCUGCGGAGGACAAAGCAUUGGCGCAUACAGCUCCAGCGAGGGUGUGCAGUGUAUCCGGGAGGACGUCGCAUCCUAUAUCGAGCAGAGAGAUCAGGGAGUCCCAGCUAACUGUGACAACAUCUUCCUCACCACCGGGGCCAGCGAUGGCAUCAUGAACAUUCUGAAGCUGCUGGUGUCAGGUGAAGGUCGUAACCGUACAGGGGUGAUGAUCCCCAUCCCUCAGUACCCGCUUUACUCAGCCGCCAUCGCUCAGCUGGGCGCCGUGCAGAUCAAUUACUACCUGGAUGAGGAUAACUGCUGGGCGCUGGAUGUCAACGAGCUCCACAGAGCAUACCAGGCAGCUAAACAGCACUGCCAGCCCCGAGCCCUGUGCAUCAUCAACCCUGGAAACCCCACCGGUCAGGUCCAGAGCAAGAAGUGUAUCGAGGACGUCCUGCACUUCGCCUACGAGGAGAACCUGUUUGUUAUGGCUGAUGAGGUGUAUCAGGACAACGUGUACGCUCCCGACUGCCAGUUCCACUCGUUUAAGAAGGUGCUGUAUGAAAUGGGGCCGGAGUACUUUAACAGCGUCGAGCUGGCCUCCUUCCACUCCACCUCCAAAGGUUACACAGGAGAAUGUGGGUUCAGAGGAGGCUUCAUGGAGAUUGUUAACCUGGACCCGGAGGUCAAGGCCCAGCUGGUGAAGCUGCUCUCGGUCAGUCUGUGCCCCCCCGUGGCCGGACAGGCUGCCAUGGACGUGAUCGUGAAUCCUCCUCGACCAGACGAACCAUCCUUCAUGCAGUUCCACAAGGAAAAAGCAGCCGUGCUGGGAGCUUUAGCAGAAAAAGCAAAAUUAACAGAGCAGAUCCUUAACGCAGUGCCUGGGAUCAAGUGUAAUCCUGUGCAGGGGGCCAUGUACGCGUUCCCUCAGAUUUUUAUCCCUCCAAAAGCUGUGGAACAAGCUAAGGCUUUGGGAAUGCAGCCGGACAUGCUGUACUGCCUGCGGCUCCUUGAGGAAACGGGAAUCUGUGUGGUACCUGGCAGCGGCUUUGGACAGAGAGAGGGCACGUACCACUUCAGAAUGACUAUCCUGCCAUCUCACGAAAAGCUGAAAGUGCUCCUGGAGAAGGUGCGAGACUUCCACGUCAGGUUUCUAAAGGAGUAUUCGGACCUAAAGGACCCUCAGUGCAAUGUUCCAGCAUGAGCUACUGACUGCUGACCUCGGGAUACGUCUGAAAUUUUACUUAACACACUAACCACAAUCGCAGUUGUGUUGAGUAACAUUUCAUGUACAUAAAAGACCCAUAAUCUGCUUUAAAUCCCCUCAAAAUUCAAAAGGACUAUUUUUCAUGAUCUAUGUGCCUUUGUGCUCCUGUAAAAUAAUGAGGAAUGGGAUGGAGUCAAUAUGGUUGAGUUAGAAAAGAUCUAACACUAAAGCAUGAGAUGGUGAAAAGCUCCUUUUUAUAGGGUCUGAAUGAGAAUGGGAUGUUUUCUCAGUAUUUACAACAUGACUCAUCUUCAUUAAACACAGGUGUUUGUUUUUGUUUGUUUUACAUUACAAAAGAGAUGACAAAAUUAGGUUUGUCAAUAUGACAUUAAACAAUAAUGUAUUUAUUUGGACCUCCUUCAUGGUAUACAAAGUCCCUCCAGUUAUAUCCCUUAUAAAUAAAAAUAUUGCGUGGCUUUAAAAUGUAUGUAAUUAAAAUCAAUGACCAGGGCUGCUAAUAAGCUAGCUAGCAUUCAACUAACUAUGUUCGUUAGCAAACUAGCAUGACAUUAUGCUAACAUGUAAGGUAACUAUUUAACUAUUAUUGAAUGAACUAUUAAGGCUACAAGCAAACUAACAAAAACUACUAAAUUAUCCAAUUGAACCCACUACCUAUAGCAGCUUUUAAAUUAGACAGUAAUAGGCUAUAAUUGUAAUAAUUUAAAGAAAGAUUUGCAUUUUUUUAUUUUCAGAUUUGUACUGUGAAUAGUUUCUGCUUUUAUUUUUAUAAAUAAGGGAUGAGAAGAAGAGAGGUGCUCCAUAAUCAUCUGUUCUAUUUAAAACACUUUUGUACUUCCCAGGAAUCAGCUUUAUGCAGCAUUAAGUACGGUAACACAACUGGGACAGUACUGAAGAAAUUUCAUAAAUGCACAGUGCAUGAUGAUUAAGGGUUUUUAUUUUGUUUUUGUUCUUGUCAUUGUGUUACUGCUCUCAUCUGAUAUUCAGUUUUACAGUGUAUUUUUGUAUUGAAAUUAAAAAAUCAAGAGUUUGCAGAAAAAUAAAUAAUAAUACACAUUUUAAUUUCUUGCAAACUUAUUACAUUUUGCACAUCAGAUACAAAGAAUUGCCAAACUUUUUAUCACGGUUUACAAAAGUAUCAUUUAUACUGUAUUGUGGUGUUUUUUGUUUUGUUUUUUAAAUAACCUCAUAGCUAAAACAGUGUUCCCCCUUCUGGAAAUUUCAUCCAUCACGUUUUAACCAUUUCAUAAAACUCUUGAACAGAAUCAUGAGAUUGUGAUAGUGUAUGCAGGAAACGCCUUUAAAAGACAGUUGUAUAUGAAUGACAUGAAAUUUUUCUCUCCUUGUGGGCAAAAAAUAAUGCCCAGAGAUGAUGCCUACCUAUGCAGUCUCCUUCCAAAUGUUUUGCAAUUUGAAACAUCUAUUAUAUCAGUUUAAUGAUUAUCUGUACAUGCCUGAACUCAAAGACUGAACUACUGCAUUACUGUCAUUUUGCUUCAAUGAAUUUGCCUUUUAUUUGUGGACGUUCAUGUCAUGGAGUUCAUAUUAAUGAAGGCAGAUCAGUUAUGUCUGAAUUUUGCAAGUUACAUCCACUUUUUCUUCUUUUUUUUGUUAGUGUCUUCAUUCAUUUUGCAUUGCUUUUAUUAACGUCUCAUCUGACUAAUUUUAUGUAAAUAGUAAUGAAUUUAAAUACCAAAUUAAAGCCAUC